AGCCAUUUCCGCUUUGGUCUGUUACAUAGCAACAGCGAACGCUCUGAGCACGUUGGUAGCUAGCUUGUGUGUUAGUUAGCCUACAAGCUAGCUGGGGCAGUUUAUCAUGGCAGAUGACGAUUUGGACGAACUGCUGGACGAAGUUGAAAAAAAGUUUUGUCGCAAUGUUUCUGUGACGUGUUCAGCUCGCGUGGACCCGAGUGAGGCAGGAAAAUACGGAAGAGACAGAGACGGACAGAGAAAACACAGUGUCCCAAAGCCUAAACAGCCGAUAAGUAGCGUGGCUGAGGAUAUUGACGCCCUUCUGGAAGAAUUGCGGGAAGAAGACCCUCAACCAAAGACUGAAGUGUGUCCUAAAGGAAGCCAAGUGGAGAAGAAGCUUUCGUCUCAGACUGCAGGAAGAAAGUGCUGUCCUGUUUAUGUUGGCGGGAGCUCUGUCACAAAUGGUGUGGGAACAGCCACAUCCAAGAGGUCUUGUGACCAGCUCAGGUGUAUAUCCUGCGACUUCAAGGUACUGAUGUUUGAUGACUGUGAGUGGGACCCGUCCUGUGAUUACCUGUUCCUCAGGAACAACAUGCCGGACCGUGAGAAGCUUAGAACCAAGCUGAAGAAGAGGAGAAGUUUGCGAGCGUACGCCUGCCAGUGCAGCUGGUUCUCCACGUUAGAGCCGACAGACCUCAGAGACCAACCUCAGCUCAGAUGGGUCUGUGGCAAACACCUGGACUGAUGUUCACUCAUCACUGCUACAAAGACACUGUUGACUAAUGGGCCAAAGCACACGGUGCAGACACAAAUCUUGGAUUACUUCUCUUCUCUCUGUGUCGAUUGACCUGUUGAACUAAUCAUCCAUCCAUCCAUCCGACUUUGACAGACAGCAUUGUGUUUUUAAAACUGUGUAAUGCUGUUUUUAUCAUCUUUUCUAUUCUCUAUGCACUUCAAUUCAACAUCACAAGAUCCUGAACCUGUCAAAGCACUUUUACAGAAACAUACUGAUUCUGAUUAUUAGCUGAAGAAACGGCAUGUACUCUGUAACUAGAGAGGAUCCAAGCAAUAGCUCUCUGAGGGACAUAUUUUUCUGCUGAAUUAUGAAAAACUUCAGUUCAUGACAGUUUUAAAGCUGGAAUAGUUUUUCAAACACAGUAAUGCCAACAUUAUGUGUCCCCCCCCCCCAAAUUUCACAAGGCUGGCAUUAAAUAACUGAACUGCCACAAAGCAGGAGGAGUUCAGUAGAGGAAGGAAACACAUCUGCACCACAAGAGAGCUAAUAACAGUCCAGAUGUCCGUCCAUCCAUCCAUUCUCUAUACACCGCCUUAUCCUCAUUAGGGUCACGGGGGUGCUGGAGUCUAUCCCAGCUGAUUCGGGCGAAGGCAGGGGACACCCUGGACAGGUCACCAGUCUGUCACAGGGCUACAUAUACAGACAAACAAUCACACUCACAUUCACAUCUACGGGCAAUUUAGAGUAAUCAAUUAACCUCAGCAUAUUUUUGGACUGUGGGAGGAAGCCAGAGUGCCCGGAGAAAACCCACGCAUGCACAGGGAGAACAUGCAAACUCCAUGCAGAAAGAUCCCAGGCCCACCCCAGGAUUUGAACCAGGGAUCUUCUUGCUGCAAGGCGAAAGUGCUAACGACUAUGCACUGUGCAGCCCCAGUCCAGAUGUGAUGACAGUAUCUAUUUUCACCAUAUUGGUUUCCCAUUGCUGUGAAUUAAAAAAAAUCUGAGACUUUAUUCAUUCAUUCAUGUAAAAAUUAGGUGGGAGUUUUUGGAAUUACUAACUGAAACACAUUCAACAGCUAUUUUCUUUGCAUCUUUUUCUUCUCUUUCAUCACUGAACAUUUACGGAGUCGUACUUUACUCAGACACCACUUGUCUACCAUAAAUCUUAGUAAUGUGUGUGUUAUUGCAGCAUUUACUGUAACUUUUCGCUGUGUUGGGUUGCAAAAUCCAGGCAGAGUCAGUUUUUAAUCACCUUUUUUUAUGACAGUAUUUUUGGGAGAAAAUUUGCAAAACAAGCUGCUAUUUGCCAUUUGGGAGCAUCAUUUGAAGAGAAGUAUGAAAGCAAGUCCAACAUUAAACUCUUAAAGGUAAUCUCUGACUCCUCAGCUGCUAGAUGGUCCACUAUGAUCGCUAGCUGGUCAUUGCUUUAUCUGUCUGCUGUUUUAUACUUAGUAGGCUCUGUACAGUGGCUUGUUUUUCUUUGCUGUGGAAGAAAACUAAACCAUUAGAGUGAUGAGAAUGAACUGAAAUAGUAAAGUUGUAUCCAGUCAACUAAACAAUAAGCAGAAACUCACAAUAAAUCCAUGUGAAGCUGCAGAUUCAGUCGAUAAUUCUCUGUAGAUUAAUCACAUUCAAAAUGUGUGUAUGUGUGACAGUGUGUGCUAAAAAUAUUGACUGUAGCUACUUUAAUGAUGAAUCACAGAUUCCAAUCUGUGCAUAAAACCUUUAAAUGCUGUUUUAGAUUAA